GCCACCAUUGCUCUCCUUGCUUCAGAAAGCUUACUCUAAGCUGAAUGACCAUGUCAUGCCUGCUGCACGCAUUGUGCGAGCAACCGCUUGGAAGAGUUGCUGUGCCUGAAGCAUGCUGGCGUUGGUGAGGCAACAUACCAUAUUCACCAGGUCUCUGAGGAUGAAAUAUCAUCUGGAUCCUGAAACUUCGUGACUAGAAUUGCUGCUCUAAGGUUCUGCGGUGAUCAUCAGGCUACGGAAGCGGGUGUUCUGAAACACCUUCAACAAAAUGCCUGUCGAUAUCACCUUCUCUGAGAGGUUGAAUAGUAUUGUUUUAUUGACAAAUGCUUUGGUUGCACUGGGCAAAGGUGCCGAUGUCGCUCGUAAAGAAGCUAGAGAACUUGAAGAAGAGUUUCGCUAUAAAGCCAUCUCAGAAGUGGAAUACCAAGAUGAUCUUCAAAAAGCACUGGCUGCCCUGCAACCAGCGGCAGAUCCCUUACCAGAGGAAGCAGAGCCUCCGUCAGAUGUGGAGAUAUUGAACUACGAAGGACCAAGUUUUGGCAAUUACCAGUAUGCAACAUUUCAUGCAGAUGGUCAAAUGUCGACCAUUUUCAAGGCGCAGACCAAAGACAAGCACGCUCCAGUACAAAUUGUGGCUUUGAAGGUCACGCAUCCGGCCAUGAUGAUUCCUCCACACAACUCUGAAAGAGAGGCUCGACUCAUGGUCAGGGCCCGGCAUGAGCACGUUGUCCCUCUGUUGGACACCGUACACGAAUCAGGAGGUCAGUUCAUACUUGUACUUCCGUUUCUGAGGCAGGAUCUCGAGAAUCUCCUUCGGUCAGGGAGACUCGACAGACGACAGGCAAGGAUGGUAUUUGAAGGACUUUUCCAAGCCCUAGAGCAUAUCCACGCGCUAGGCAUGAUCCACCGCGACAUUAAGCCCUCUAAUAUCAUGCUCAAGAGCAUGGACGGGCCUGUCUACCUCAUUGACUUCGGCAUCGCAUGGUCACCCGAAGACAAAGACUCGGAAUCGGCAGAUUCCAAAAUCACCGAUGUCGGUACAACCUGCUAUCGACCACCUGAGCUGUUGUUCGGACAUCAGUCAUAUGACUCUUCCUUGGACAUGUGGGCAGCCGGUUGUGUGAUUGCUGAAGUUGUUAAGACUGGCCAUGUUCCACUGUUUGAUGCUGGGUCGUUAGGAAGCGAACUGGCACUGAUAAAGUCGAUAUUCACCACGCUUGGCACACCAAAUGAUGAGACAUGGCCUUCUGCGAGCACAUAUCCUGACUGGGGAAAGAUGAAGUUUCAAGACUUCCCAGCGAAAACUUGGAAAGACAUCCUACCUGGAGCGAGUGAGCAGGGCAUUGAUUUUGUCAGCAAGACUGUAUGCUAUGAACCGACCCAGAGGCUGACUGCCACGCAAGCUCUUGGGCAUGGACUAAGAUCAGACCUUGCAAGGUCAUGAUCACUUGCGGCAGUCAUUCAAAAAGACGGAUUUGAGCAAAUCACGAGAUGCGGUCUGUCUUCCUCCAGCAUUCCUGCCUGGGGAUGUCGAGCAGAUAAGAAAGCGUUUAGCGUGCUACCUGAGGCAAGGGGCUGACAACGUCGAGACACCAAGCAUAUCAUAGUAGUCCCUACUUCACUAAAUCUUUGCGACAUGUCUCCUCUACUCCGGGCACUGCUUACGAUUAUUUCACUUUGCAAGGGCCCUUCUAAAUAUGGGGUUUCUUCACUUGGACGGUACCCUAGUGACCGAAGAAAUACUUGGUAUGGGCGGCUCAGGCUUGGUCAUUCGAAAUGGGCAAUUUGCAGUCAAGAUGCCGCGGCUUUGGCAAGGCGUUGACGUUUCCCGCAGAUGGAAGACUCACACCUGAACCGGGAGACUUCGACAUGCGGCAACUCAGAAUCGAUCAGAUGCACCUUGAGAAAUCAAUCUUUCGAAGGGAAUAUGGAAGACUCGAAUGCAGAUGGAGAGUCCGUCACGACAGAUAUUGGGCAUUUGGCGCAGUGAUGUAUGAAGUUGUAACGGGCCAGCACUGCAAAUUUGACCCGAUGCAAGACUGGAAAAAGCCUGGAGAUCCAUUCUCAUGGCCACGGCGAGAUAGUCUCCCUUCAAUCCACGACUUGUGGUUAAGUCACAUUAUCGAGGCUUGCUUGGUACAGGGUUCUUUCGCAUCUGCCGGUCAACUCGCAUCAGCAUUGGAAGAUCAGGACGCCGGUUGAACAUGAUGUCUUCGAUCUCAAGCUCGAGGAGAGAUUGACUGGUGGGGAAUGAGAAUGGAAGGGUAUUCCCAGGUCGAAGAAAUGAGCUGAUUGCAAAUGGUGCUACAGUAUCUAAUGUUCCAUAAAACACUGAUGAAAGAGCGAGGUAGAAGGUCUCACAACCACAGGGUAUAGCACUGCACCUCUAACCCACGGCGCGAUUAGAAAG